AUGUCCGCAGCACAUCAUCUCUCACAGAAGGCCGACGGCUUCGACAUCACGCUAAUCGACGCGGUUGACUAUUGCGGCGGCCAAGCAUUUGCUGUGCCGCUGGACAAAUCCCGGCACGGCGCAAGCUGGUUCAACCAAGGCGUGCAAGGGGGCAGCUACAUCUUCCACCACACGCUGACUAUGUUCGCGCAGCAAGGCUACCACGCCGACCCGGUCAAUCUGCAAGUGUCUUUCGGCAAGGACGAGACCUUCUGGACCAAUGUCUUCCCCACGGAUUUGCUGGCGCGGCAUCAGAAGGAAGUCAAGCGAUUCAACUCCGCCAUCAAGUUCAUGCGCUGGUUCGAGAUCUUCUUCGCCCUGAUGCCCAUGCGUGUCUUCUUCAAGCUGUGGAUGUUCUCGGAGGAAUUUACCAACACGAUCGCCUUGCCCAUGACGGCUUUGUUUCUCGGCACUGGCAACGAGACCCCCAAUGUCCCGGCAAUCAUGCUCGAGCGGCUCUGUACCAGUCCUACGUAUGGCAUGUGGUACCCGCUGGACCGGGUCAGCAUUGCGAGCAACCAGCCUCCCAUGGUGGUGUUUCCCAAUUUCAGCGAGUUCUACGAAUCGUGGCGCAAAGACCUCGUGUCCCGUGGCGUGAAAGUUCGACUGUCCACGGAGCUCGUGGCUGUGUUGCAUCGCGACAAAUCGGGGGUCAUCGUGUCCCUGAAGAGCCGCACCCCUGCCCCCGAUGGACACAAUCCGAUCGACGGCGACUCGGACGCGCCCACCUAUGAAGAACGCUACGACGAGCUCGUGCUCUGCUGUUUGGCCGACACUGCGAAGCGAGUUCUGUCAAAGACUUCCACCUGGCGCGAGCGGCGUGUCUUGGGCAGCGCCAAGUUCUCCGACGAUAUCACCAUCACGCACACCGACGCCGACUACAUGAAGAAACACUACCAAAACUUCUACGACGACCAGCUGGCAGUCAAGUCGCUGUCUGGAGUCGACCAGUCAUCGCGCUGCGAGUGGGCCAAGUCCAACUUCCGCCCAAUGUACUACAUCAAGAUGUACGGCGAAGACAAGUCCAAGCUGGAAAUGUGCUUCGAUGCGACCAACUACCAGGCACAGUUCCCGGACAAGGUGCCGUUCGAAGACCACGUUUUCCAGACAAUCUAUCUGAACAAGGACCGCGACGGCCACCUGUGGACGGACCACGAGAUCGACGACACCAAGGUCAUCCGCAAGGACUGGUGGCAUCAGCUGUGCCACAGCUACACCCAUUACCUGUUCGUCGUGCCUUGGAUGAUGUUCUUGCAGGGUAAGCGCUGCGUGCGCUACGCCGCCGCUUGGAAUUUGGUCAACGCCCACGAAGUCGCCAUCAUCUCGGGCAUUGCUGCCGCUGUUGAUCUCGGCGCGGAGUACCCGGAGGACCUGGAGAACGACAAGUUCGCCUUUCUUUCAUUCCGCCUGUAUUAUUUGUUGAACUAUGGCAAGUGGUAUCGGCGCAAACAUACUGUCAAGGCAGUCAGCAAGGAUGGAGAAAGUGACAAGGCAACAGCAGGCAAAUCCUGGGCAAGCGGGCUAUAUGGAAGUGUCUAUCGAGGACCAGGGGUAGCCAAGCAGGAGCGCACGACGUGGAAGGAAGAAAUGAAGAUUGGAAGAAGUACGGAUAACCUUGCCGGGAAUCCUGAAGGGAGAAGUCAACCUUGA